UCCAUCCAUCCAUCCAUCAUGUGGCUCCUUGUAUUUGUUGUGUGGUUGGUAAUGUGGCUAGGGGGCACUUACUGGUACCUUUUCGGCAAGCGCAGCCCCUUCUCUCUGGACUCUGUCAGGCCUCCUGGACCGCGAGAAUCUGACCAGAAGAAGCGGGACAAAGUUAUCAAGCAAGGUUUCAGCAUUGAGAAGGUCCCGCAGGACCUGGACGUCAUUGUGAUCGGCAGUGGCAUUGGCGGGCUUGCUGCGGGCGCCACGCUCGCUAAGGCGGGCAAGAAGGUUCUGAUUCUGGAGCAACAUGACCAGGCCGGAGGCUGUUGCCACACCUACAUUGAGAAAGGAUUUGAGUUUGACGUUGGUCUUCACUACAUCGGUCAGCUCCACGAGAACAGUCUGUUGCGCAUCAUCUUUGACCAGUUGUCCGAGGGCCAGCUGGAGUUCCAGGAGCUAAACCCCCACUUCGACACCAUCCGGAUAGGCCAGGGGGACGACAAACGGGAGUACACCAUCGUCUCGGGCAAAACCGAGAUGAAGGCUCACCUCUUGAAGCAAUUUCCAGAUGAUGCGGAGGCCAUCGAGACUUUCUUCAAGAUCAUGAAGAUCUCAGCCAAGAAGACUCACUACCUGGCAACCCUGAAGCUUAUCCCACAGUGGCUGUCUUUGUUCCUGUUGAAGUCAGGAAUCGCAGAUCUGGUCUCGCCUGUGUUCCGCCUUACCGGAACCUGUGCGACUGACCUGGUCAACACACUGACCCCCAACAAGGACCUCCACGUCAUCUUCUCAUAUCUUUUUUAUGGUGUACCUCCCAAGGACUCCAGUAUUUUGAUAAAUUCCCUUCUGGUCCAUCACUACAAGCGAGGGGCAUACUACCCUAAAGGAGGAGCCAGUGAGAUCGCUUUCAACAUCAUCCGCACCGUUCAAAAGUACGGCGGCAACUGCCUAGUGCGAGCGCCCGUCUCGCAGAUCUUGGUCGAUGACAAGGGAGCAGCCUAUGGUGUGAAAGUGAAAAAAGGCAGAGAAGAGGUGGAGAUCCAUGCGCCGGUGGUUGUCUCAAACUGCGGUAUCUUCACCACCUUCCAAAAACUUCUACCCCCUGAGAUCCAGGUCAAGCCAGACAUCCAGGACAGGCUGAACAUGAUGAAGCACGGUAGAGGAUCCUUCUUGGUCUUCUCUGGGUUCGACGGGACUGAGGAGGAGCUUGGUCUGGAGUCCACAAAUUUCUGGCUGUUCAAAAACAACGACAUGGACACAUCAAUGGAGAACUUUUUUGCUUUGAGCAAAGAAGAAGCACCAGACAACAUCCCCAUGAUGUUUAUCACCAUGCCGUCCUCCAAAGAUCCAGAGGCCAAGAUAAGACACCCUGGAAAAUGUUGCAUGACCAUCCUGACCAUGGUGAAGUACGAAUGGUUCGAGGAAUGGAAGGAUACCACGGUUCGCAAACGUGGAGACGAAUAUCACAACUACAAAAUGAGAUUUGCUGAAAAACUCUUUGACUGGGCCUGUGAGUUGUUCCCAAAAAUCAAAGACAAGCUGGUCUUCCAGGACGUGGCCACGCCUCUGACCAACAUGCACUACCUGGGCGCCCAGCGUGGAGCCAUGUACUCGGCCGAGCACAACCUGGACCGUUUCCAAGCCGAGGCGGUGGCAAGGAACCGCUGCCACACGCCCGUCAAGAACCUCUAUCUCUCUGGCCAAGAUGUAUUCAGCUGCGGGAUCGCGGGAGCGCUGCACGGCGGCGUCCUGUGCGCCUCGGCCGUGCUGGACCGCAUCGUCUACAUCGACCUGCUCUUCAUCAAGAAGAAGCUGAAGCGGGGCAAGGCCAAGGAACUGGCCCUGCUGGCUCGGAAGAAGCUGCAGUGAGUUGGCUGCUUGUUCAUUUUAAGAGACAUCUGCAGGAUUUGCAGGUGAUCAAAGAUUAGCUGCAAGCUUGGCUUUCUCUUUUGUAUAAUCAAUCAUGUAAAUUUAAAUGACUGUUUUAUUUUAUGAAUCUAUGUAACAUAGUAGGGAUGAAUGUGUACAUUGAGGUCUGACAUCAAUAAGUCAUGUCAUCUUUUUGGGAAUAAAAUUUAGAUAUUGUUUUCGAACCACUUCAUAUUUCUU